AUGUCCACGAUAUCCACGGCCCCGGCGCGGUGGUGUCGCUCCGUCCGAGCUAGCCCCGGCCGGUCCCUUCGCCACGCCGCCAACUGCUUCGCCCUCGGCAGCGCGGCGUUCGUGCUGAGAUUCACAGCCUUGGCCGACGCCGACGCGACAACCGCGAUGGCCGCUACGCCGGAUCAUUUGUCGACCGCCGCGCUCGCUCGCGACGUCGUCGACCUCGCGUCCGCGUCGCUGUACACCCUCGGUUCCACCCUGUGGCUCCACCAGACCGUGCUGCGGGAACGCCUGCGCGGGUCGACCCAAAGCCCCGCCGCCGUCGCCGACAGCAUGGACGAGCAGUCGGCCACCCGGUGGUCGCAGCCGCCGACGUGGAACGAGAUCGCGGAGCUCGUGUCCGGUAACCCGGUGGUGUGCUCGGUGGUGCUGUUCCUGUGCGGAUGCGCGCUCGACGACGCCCUCUCCCUCUCCGACGUCAUCGCCGAGGAGGUGGCGACGAGGGCUCGCGGCGGGCUCUCGAAUGGCGAAAUUUGGCCGCCGUCGCUCGACCCGCGUCAACCCGCUCAACCCGCGAGAAUCUCGUUCGAGCUCGUGCUCCCCUUCGCUCCCGGCGUCGUCGGCGCCGUCGCUUUCGGCGUCGGCGGCGCCGCGCGGCUCGUUCGACUCGUUCGAGGCGAUGGCGACUCUUUCGACACGCGCGACGAGGCCAACAUGUGGCUCCCUUGCGAACGCGACGACGAAUGCGCGUCGAUGGUCCCGCCCCCCGAGGUCACCGAGCGAUUGGACGCUCGAAUAGCGAACGUCGCGAGGUUCGCGCAGUGGCCGCUGAACCUGCUCGCGUCGUUCGCCUUCAUCGACGGCGCGUGGCUGGCGGAGUUCGGCGCUUGGUCCAAGCUGGCGGGCGCGCAGCCGGCGUCCGGCAACGUGCUGGCGUCCGUCGGUGGCGACGUCAUCAACGUGGCGAGCUCGUUGUCGGAGUCCGCCGCGCGGCUCGCGUCGGAAAAUUACGUCGUCGGUAACUCUUUGGCGGACCUCGGAUCGAUUCGAGACGACCUGUUCGGGGGCAGAAAUGGCUCCCCCGGUGACGCUACCGCCGCGGAUGGCCUGGCGACGGGUGCGCACAGAGCGCUGUCAAGCUCGGACGCGGCGCACGCGCUCGGUGGGGGGCUGUUCUUGGUGUCCUCCGUCGCGUGGAUCGUGGAGCUGCGCGCGCGGCGUCGGCUGAGAUGCGCGCGGCGGGGCGACGACGGCGACGGCCACGGCGACGGCGACGGCGACGCGUGA